AGUAUAUAAGAUAAUAAGACUAUGAAUGCCAGUCACAAUGGGUGGGGCCCUGCUGUAGGAACCGCAAAAAUAAAUGUAAGCAGCAAUGGGAGGAUGGAUGAGCCUUCAAAAGAAGAUUCCAAUGGAUGGGAUUUGCCUGAUUCUGGGACGGUUGGCAAUACAACUCAACAUGGGCAAACCAGUGGUAAUAUUUCUCCUGUUGCUCCCACAAACAGUGGCGUUUCUACAUCCGCUUCUUCAGCUUCAGUUCCAUCUGCUGCUCCUAUUCCUGAGGAGUGUUUGGACGAAGGGCCAAUUCACCAUCCAUCCAUUGAUUUCAGCCCAGUGGACUGGUCCGUUCCAGCCACAGAGGAUGGGGCUUCUGUAACAAAUGAUGUGAAAGAUGAAGCCAGUUUUUCCUCGUGUAUCAUAUGUUGAGAAGCUCCAAUAGAGGGAGCAUGCAUUCCCUGUGGUCAUAUGGCUGGUUGCAUGUCCUGUUUGGUUGAGAUCAAGGCCAAGAAAGGUGUUUGCCCUGUUUGCCGAUCCAAGAUAAAGCAAGUUGUGAGGCUUUACGCUGUCUGAUAAGUGAACAUAUUACUAUGGAGCUGGGAAUCUGGGAUUGUUUUAAGAUUUUGACAUUAAUAUAUUUUUUAUCCAUGAGCUUGUGACAUUCAUUUAAUGGAUGGGGUUUUGAACAUAAAUGCACAUAUUGCAACCCUGUCAUUUUUGUGA